AAAUAUAUUAUUUAUCAUAGACGUAACAUCAAGACGAAGCGCGACUGAGAAGCGUCGUUUGUAUCGAUCGAUCGUUUUGGUUUCCGCGAAAACGCGGAGCGAUGUAUCGCUCUCGACGCGACGGGAAUCGCGGGAUCGGGUUGCGAAUUCGAAGAGCGGACGAGAAUCCGAAACGAGUCGUCCGUACGUCGAAACGCGGAGAUAACGAAGCGCUAAUCGCGUCUAAUCGUAAAAAAACAAGCUGUCAACAGUGAUAAUAAAGAGUUUUUUUGUCGCAUGUACAUUGUUAUCAUUGAUCCUCUUUUUUCCUUAUUAUCCGAUCGAUUUUUCCGAAUUUUUCCUUAUCAUUCGAUACGAUUAACGAAACAUUUUUCGAUGAGCGAUGCAGAUAAUGCAACUUGUAUAAAUUGGAACGAUCUUUCGCACGUACCUUAGAUAAGUGCACGCGUCUGUGAAUUUGCGGUACACGAGAGACAGAAGGUUAGCGGCGCGCAACAAAACGAUAUUGGAUAUAUAGUGCGACUACAAAAAACACAAGUUUGAUACAACGUCACAAAUAUACGAGUUCGCACAUAUGACUCGAAUCGCUUCGGGAACGUGCGCCUUGUGCGUCGCUCUGACUUUGUGUUCCGUGUUGUUGAAAAUUGAAGCGAUCAACAAGCACGAUGCCAGAUUCUCGUCUUACGCAACAAAGGAACCGGUAUUCGACGAAUGGGGAAAACAACCCAUGCCGCGUGAAUUGCGCAGCGGAGAAUAUCCUUUCUUCGUCGCGAUCGAAGGACGAUACGGCGGAGCCGCUCUGAUCUCCGAUAGAGUUGUUUUAACCGUAUAUCCGAAUUUGAUCUUCGGCGGCGACGUUUUCGUCGGGUCGAACGAUGUGAAAACUUCGAAGCGAUAUCGCGUGAUCGAAACCGUGUUGAUAGAAGGCGACAUUUUGUACGAUUAUACACUCGGUAUAUUGAACGAACCCGUGGACGUUGGAUCUAGUUUGCCGAUUGCGAACCUGUCCACUCUAUGGCGCGUCGGCGACGAGGCCGUCGUACUGUCGUGGUUGCGCAAUAAAGCUCAAAAAACCACGAUGUAUUUCGGCAAAUGCGAAUCGCGAUGGUACAAUUGUAUCGAGAACGAGGGUCACGUCGGUCCGUGUCACUUUCGGCUCGGUGACAUGCUCUUGAACAAAAACGGUGACCUAGUCGGAGGAUUGUUCAACGAGAACAAUUCGCCGUGUGUCGUAAACGACGACGCCGUAUGGACAGUUCGUAUGUUCGAUGCUAAACAAUUGAAUCAGAUUCAAAUCGCGAUCAAACAGGCUGAAUCUUUACCAACGAAACCGUUAGUCGCACCAAAUCGACUCGUUUCAGCAUUCGGGAAGUACGCGCUGGAUGUUCACUCGUCAACGGCGAUGUCGCUUUUGAAGAGCAACUAUCGUCGAACUGUUGCACCGGUAACAAAGCAAUCGACCGAUUCGGUUGCAACAUCGAACGCACCUAUAUCUCCUCUGAACGAGAUCAAACCACCGUUCUUUAUCAUCAACGGAACUACCGCUAAAUCCGGAGAGUUUCCGUACGUUGCUGCUAUUGUCGCGGGUGAAUCAAAGCGACCGUUUUGCACAGGAGUUAUAAUAUCGAACCGCGCUGUACUCACAGCUGGGCGUUGCUUGCGUCACAUAGAAGAUCCCGAGGAAGUGUUCGUUCGCGUGGGUCCGGUCAAGUACAAAAGCGGAAUUUUAUACGACAUCGAAUCGUUUAAAGAACACAAGAAGCGUUCGGGUCUCAUAAAUGAUAUCGGAUUAUUGGUUACGGAGGACGAGAUGGAAUUCGAUGCCAAGAUAGAAGCGAUAAAACUACCCACGAAGGAACGCAAUUACGACAACGCGAAUCUAACUGUUAUAAGUUGGGGUGGGGUUACCGAUGAAAAGAAAUCGAAUCGACUCAUGCACACGUAUACGUUCGGUGUUCCGUCUGACGAGUGCGACAUAGACGACGAACGAAUUCUUUGUAUUCAUAACAACGGAUCGUUACCGUGCAACGGAGACUCCGGCGGUCUUGUUGUGUACCGUCGUUCGAACGGAAAACCAGAAUUGGCCGCCUUGAUUUCAGGUACAUCGGCAUCGGAUUGUUCCACGAAUCCGCGAGGUGAAUUGUUUUCAACCAAGGUCUAUCCGUAUCGCCGUUGGAUCAAAAAAACUCUCGAAUCCUGCGGACUCGCUUUGAUCAACGGUGACGACGACGGCGACGAUGAUGACGACGACGACUCCGAUGAAUCAUACGAACCGCUCGAAACAAAUGUAUUCAAUUCGCACAUUGAGGACAAGUUGUAAUAUUUGAACUAAAUGUAUAUCUAGUCGUAUAAAUGCGAUUCGAUUUGUGACAUUUGUUUGCACACAUUUAUCGAUCGACGCGUAUCGUGAUGUAAUUCACGUGUCGCGGUUAACAUAACGGUUUGUUCGAGCGAGCGCGCGCACUCACCCGCACCACGGAGCGAAUCGAUCGAUCGAGUUUCCGAUCGCGUCGCUUCGCGUUCGACUUUCGGCGUUUCGGAGUCGCGGCGCUCCGUCUUGAUUUUAUGUCUAUGUUAUUUAUGUAAUAAAAUGUUUUGUGAUAUAUAUAUAUAUAUAUAGGUAUAACAAUUCUUCUUUAGA